AUGGUCGACGUGGACACCCAUUUUGGGGCAUUGAUUAAUCUCCUAACGAUUAACCAGCGAAAACGAAAUUCUCAAUUCCUUGAGCAACGAACAAAACAGAAAAAGCAAAUGGACCAGCUGCCUUACGCUGACGUGGAUUCCAGCUUGAGAACCAUGGCCGGUCGAGCAGAAGGGUUUGGCCGAUUCUCCAUCGGUGGCCUCCACGGUCCUCUCUACUCUGUCACCACCUUGGCCGGUCUUUUCUCCUCUCAAACUUUCAUUUUCAAUCAUGAUGGGCCAGGGUCACUCCGUGAGGGUUGCAGGAGACAAGAACCAUUGUGGAUUGUUUUUGAGGUUUCUGGUACAAUUGGUCUUGUAUCACAAUUAAGUGUGUCAUCUUAUAAAACAAUAGAUGGCAGAGGUCAGAGAAUUAAGGUUGCUGGAAAAGGGUUAAGGUUGAAAAACUGUGAGCAUGUAAUUGUUUGUAACCUUGAAUUUGAAGGUGGUAGAGGACAUGAUAUUGAUGGUAUUCAAAUAAAGCCUAAUUCUAGACAUAUUUGGAUUGAUCGAUGUAGUCUUCGUGAUUAUGAUGAUGGCCUUAUUGAUAUAACCAGACAAAGCACUGAUAUCACUGUUUCUAGAUGUUAUUUUGCACAACAUGACAAGACAAUGCUAAUUGGAGCAGAUGCAUCUCAUGUUGGUGAUAGAUGCAUAAGAGCUACAAUUCAUCAUUGCUUUUUUGAUGGAACAAGGCAAAGACACCCUCGCCUUAGAUUUGGGAAAGUUCAUUUGUACAACAAUUAUACAAGGAAUUGGGCAAUUUAUGCUGUUUGUGCAAGUGUAGAAGCCCAGAUAUAUUCUCAAUGCAAUAUAUAUGAAGCAGGACAGAAGAAAAAGACUUUUGAAUUUUAUACAGAAAAGGCAGCAGACAGAGAAGGGGCUGGUUCUGGUUUAAUAAAAUCUGAAGGAGAUGUGUUGCUGAAUGGAGCUCAAACGUGCCAAGGUGUUGGGGCAGAAUAUGUGUUCCAUCCAAGUGAAUAUUAUCCAACAUGGACACUGGAGGCCCCAUUGGACUCUCUGAAACAUGUCCUUCAAAUCUGCACAGGUUGGCAAUCAAUUCCUCGACCGGCAGAGAUGGUGAUAGUUGCAUAG